UGGGGUGGGCGCGAGCGGCCCUAGAGAGGUAAAGUCUAGUGACUAGUCAGUGACCGAGAGAGGAGAGGAGUAGCGGCCCGCCGUGCCUUUCGGCCACGAUGCCCAUGUAUAAGGUGAGACCCUGUCAAGGGGGUCCCGACUCGGCUGUGCUGGCCGACCACCUCCCCGCUUGCAUGUACCGGGUGCGCAGCGUGCACCAGCACGCCCAGGGCGGCGUCAACGGCGCCGCCGCCACCACAGCCUCCUCCUCCUCGCCUCAGGAUGAGGUUGAUCCGUCGCUUCAGGCCCUCGAAUCCCGCCAAGAGGAGAUCUUGAAACGCCUGUAUGAGUUGAAAGCAGCAGUGGAUGGGCUGUCGAAGAUGAUUCAGACACCAGACGCCGACUUUGAUGUAACAAACAUCAUCCAGGCGGAUGACCAUGUACCAUUAAGUGCCAGUGCAGCUGACCUGGAUGCUUUACUCGGAAAGGACUACGGUGCUCUGAAGGAUAUUGUGAUCAAUGCAAACCCAUCGCUACCUCCGCUGUCGUUGUUAGUCCUCCACAGCCUGCUGUGCGAGCGCUACAAGGUAUUAUCUGCCAUUCACACGCACUCGUCCGUGAAGUUUGUGCCAGAGCACUUCCUGAAAUGCUUUGGUGAGCAGACGAAGAAGCAGUCGCGUCACGAAUACCAGUUGGGCUUUACGCUGAUUUGGAAAGAUGUACAGAAGCCCCAGAUGAAAUUCAGCGUUCAAACCAUGUGUCCCAUCGAAGGAGAAGGAAACAUUGCUAGAUUCUUGUUUUCUUUACUCGGGCAAAAGCACAAUGCCGUGACAGCCACCCUGAUAGACAGCUGGGUAGAUACGGCCAUCUUCCAGUUGAAAGAAGGGAGCAGCAAAGAAAGAGCCGCGGUUCUUCGAUCCAUGAAUUCGGCCCUCGGCAAGACACCCUGGCUUGUGGGAAGUGAACUUACCGUAGCAGACGUCGUGGCCUGGUGCGCACUGCAGCAGAUGGAAAGCACCAAUGCCGUCCCCGCCAACCUGCAGAAAUGGCUCAAGUCUUGUGAGAAUCUAGCGCCUUUUAACUCCGCUCUCAAACUGCUGAAAUAAACGUGCCGUCUCUAUAAAGGAAAAGGCUGAACGUUCUCUUUCAGCUUAUGACUGUGACCUCGACUGUAACACUUGUUGCGUGAAUAAAAUUUUAAAUCUCUCUAAAAGGUCACAGGCCAAUAAAAAGAAUGGAAUUA